AUGGAGAUGGCGGAUAGGUUUUAUGUUUCCAACGAACUUUUGCUCCAACAUUUGCGUGAAAUCUCCUCACGACUUGCGAUCGAAGAGCAAGUUCUUAGCCAGCAAGCUGAGGGGCAAACUCUUAAUCCCAACCUUGAUUCUCAGUCACAAGAGGAAAAUUCUCAUGUGGUUGCAAUUCGCCCACCUAUUCCACCUACUCCUCUAAAGGAAGGUGAGGUUGAUAUGGAAUAUGAGAGCGAGAAAGAGAUAGGUGAGACGACCUUAGAAUCAAAUGUUCAAGUUGACAUUCCUAUUGAGAACCUGACAUUGGUUGAGGAAAAAUUGUCAACCUAA